CCCGAAGAACCCCCUCGAUCCUUCUUCAACACAACCCCUACCCCGCUCCUCCGCCGCGUCUCCAACCGCCUCGCAACAGGCCUCAAAGACCUCACAGACCGCGGGCCCCCUUCCUCCCCCUCCUUCCGCCCUCCCCAAAACGAAUCCUCCAGCAGCCUAGUCCCCAUCAUCCGAAGCCUAUCCCGCCGCGGCGGCGGUGGCGGCAGAAACAGACCGAUCCCCCACCUCCCAUACCGCAUCCCGGACCCGGACCCCAUGGCACCCUCUGGCGGCGGAAGCAGCACGAACCCGGGCGCCGUGAAGCACAUCCGCGAUAAGUUUGUCCGGUGGACGGCGCGUCCGGACGGGGAGUACGACGCCCGCUGGAAGGGCGCAUUUAUCCCGACGGGCGAGCACGUGUCGAAGAUGCUGGAGUGGUAUACCCAACGUGACGUGUACGAAUUCCCCAUUCAUCACUGCGGCGCGACAAACGCAUUCUACUUUGUCGAAUUCGAGCCCCUUUCCAGACCCGUCGGCCAGGGUAAGUCGUCACCCCUCCCGCGACAGGUCAUCCUCAAGCUUAGUCUGCCCGUCUGUCCCCACGAAAAGCUCGAAGCCGAGGUUGCGGCGAUGGUGUUUGCCAGGCAAGUAUCCCCAGCCGUGGUCCCUCAGAUCCUCGUCUUUGACUCCAUCGGUAGGAACCCACUCGGGUUGGAGUGGAUGAUCAUGGAAGUGCGUACCGGGUUUCCUUUGCUCAGUGCCUUUGAGGAGAACUACAUCCUCGCGGCGCACGAUCUAAACAUGGCGAAACAGGAUGCUGGCUUGGACGGGUUCGGGGACAUAUCGCCGGAGACCAUGCCCUCCCUCAGCGACGAGGACACAAAGGCCAUUGCGAGGGAAGUACAGCUGUUUCUGUCUGAGCUGCAAAGCUCUCUACCGACCGUCCCAAAGAACCAGGUGAGUAUUGGGAGUCUUCGUAUCGACUGGUCAAAGAAAGAGUUCUUCACCGGACCGAUAGUCCACCCUCACUUCUACAGCCGUGACAGAUACUGGCAAGUGCGGAACAACGGGCCUUUCAGAUACAUCGAAGAUUACAUCGACGCCUACACUUCGGUCUGGGAGCCCGAAUACAGAAGCCAUCCCGAAAUCAAAUUGCGAGAGAUCGUCCGGGCAAUGACAAGCCGUGUGAGGUUCAGUGUCCCAAAUCCGAUUUUAGUUGAAAGUACGGGUGGCAGCGUGGACGGCUGGCCUGUGAGUUUAGUCCAUCCUGAUCCUCACCCAGGUUACAUUCUCUUCAACGGAAACCGGAAAUUGGCGAGCAUCAUGGGUUGGGAAGAUGCGGUCCUUAUACCAGCGCCGCUGCGAAAUCUUCCCGUGGCAUUGGAUUGGGCGAUGCAACUUCACGGGGUGACUGAUGCCAUUGAUCCUAUGCAGGUGAAUGUGCUUGAGGCUUUGCCCAUUCUUAAAGAGCGAGUACUACUGACAUUGCAGGAAUGGGCGAAGAGACAUGUCUCCGAAUCGUUGGAACCUGUGAUGAAUUUCCAAGGAGGAAUCGAUGCCUCUUUUCAAGCACUGAAGAUAGCCUGCGAGGAAUUGAUGCGGCAGCGAAGUAUAGAUUGGAUUGAGCGCGUCCAUUCCCAGCUCGUUGGCCGGUCUCGUGAAUAG